AUGGACCAGCUGUGCAGCGCGCUGCUGGCACCCGCCAACGCAACGGCUGACAGCAAGGAUCCCACCACGCUGCAGUAUGGCUGCGGCGUAGCCACCGUCGCCCAGGUCAACAAAGUGUCCGGUGACCUGGCAGCCCUCGAGCCCAAGAUCAACGCCGCCGCCGCCCAGGCCACCUCUGCACAGGCCGCUCUUGCGGGGGGAAACAACCAGACCGCGGUGCUGCGAGCCGAGGUUAACGCACUCCGUGCGGCGAUCGCGGCGCUCACCGCCAAGUCGCGGGACCAGAUUGCAGCGCUCAACGCCCAAGUGCAGGAGCUGAAGGCCAACGCGACCAAUGGCACCGACCCAGCCAUCGCUCAGCAGAUCGCCGCCCUUGCAGCAGCCGACACGCGCACCGCCCAGAAGCUGGCCUUGCUGGAUGCGGCAGACCAGACCGCAGCCCAGGGGGUAGCAGCGCUCAACAGCACUCUGGCAGCCACCAAAUCCGCCCAGGAGGCGAACGCGGCGGCAAUCUCCCUGGCCAACGCCACCGUCGAGUCCGUCAAGUCGUCAGUCACCGCAGGCGCGGCGGCCGUCACGUUGGUGAACGCCAGCCUGACCGCCCUGGCAUCCACCGUGGCCAACGUGUCUGCUAUCGACUUCAGCGUCUACGCGAAAACCGCCGACCUGGCCAACCUCAAUGCGGUCACGCUGGGGGGCAUCCCUGCUGCGCAAUACCUGCGCUUAAGGCGCCUCAGCGUUCAGGCCCACCGGGCUCGCGCAGGCGCGUGCUUUCCUGUCGACAUCUGCGGCUGA